AUGCCGCAGCUCAACAAUGGCUUGUCGAUGCCACAAAUCCAUCUUGGCGUAUAUCUGACUUCGGGUAACGAGACUAUUAAAGCUACAAGAUGGGCACUAGAGGCUGGCUACCUUGCUGUCGACAGCGCGCAGAUGUACCAUAACGAACGCCAGGUUGGCAGUGCUAUAACCGAGUUUCUCAAGUCUUCCAGCAACAGCGCAAACCUCAGCCGCGAGGACAUUCACUACACGUCCAAGCUUGCGAGCAACAGUGACUACAACACGGCCAGAAAGAGCAUCAAGAAAAGUGUGCAAGAAUGCGGCCUGGGCUAUAUCGACCUUUUCCUCUUACACAGCCCUUAUGGAGGCAAGAAAGCACGUCUCGAGAGUUGGCGUGCCGUCGAGGACGCAAUCAUGGAUGGCGAGGUCAAGAUUGGAGGUGUCAGCAACUAUGGCGUGCAGCACCUGCAGGAGCUGCUCGGCUCAAAGCCGCGCAUCGCUCCUGCGGUGAACCAAAUCGAGGUUCACCCCUUCAACACGCGCACCGACAUAACCUCUUUCUGCCAGAAGAACGACAUCAUGGUCGAAGCCUACGCUCCGCUAGCACGCGCUCUGCGUAUGAAGCAUCCGGUGAUUGUCGAGCUCAGCAAGAAAUACAGCUGCAAUCCCGGGCAAUUGCUUGUGCGAUGGUCGGUUCAGCAUGGCUAUGUGCCGCUGCCCAAGAGCGUCAAGAAGGAGCGUAUCGUACAGAACGGCGACAUUGGUGGGUUCGAGAUUGAGGCGGGCGACAUGAAGAAGAUGGACGGGCUCGACGAGUAUUUGGUGACUGACUGGGAUCCUACCGAUGCCCCGUAA